UUUUUCUUCGUGGAUGGGGGCGCGAGCGGCUAGUGUCGUAAAGUCAUCAUAAAAUCGCUAAUCUGUAAAAAUGUUAGAUGAAACCCGUCGAAAAUGAUGGAUUCGCGUAAGCGAAACUAUAGAACAGUGGAUUAGGUAGCUAGCUUGUAACAAAAUGGUUUAAUAGUUGAAUUGUGUAAAUAUUUUAAAGAAGUAAAGAGUGAUUUGAGUGUGCAAAAGUCAUAAGACUUGUGUCAUCUGUCUGCUCUUCCUUCAAGAUGGCUCCUCCACCGGAGUAUGAUAAGGAACCGAAAGCUCCAGAUAAAAGUGUCACAACUGUUUCCAAUGACGAUUCCAAAGCUAUAUAUAAUAAUAUUAAGGAGCCACCGACUAACUCAGAACACAGAAACGUGACAGCGGGCGCCAACGCUGAGGGAGAGCAAAGUAAUAAACACGUGGAGGCACUCGACGACGGUCAACUGCGCGCGCUGCUUGAUGAGGCUAUCACCUACAAGUGUCCCAAAGACCGCGAGGGCAAGAGCAACCUGUUCAAGGAGCUGCUGGAGGAGGUAGAGCAGGACGAGCAGGCGUCCGAGGCGGCGGCGCGGGGGCUGGGCGCGGCGCGGGGCGCGCGGCGGGGCCGGGCGCGCCCAACGACUCCACGCCCCUCCCGCCCGCAGGACCUGGUGGCGGCCAUGGCGGGCGAGGCGGCGCCGCGACGCGCGCGCGCGCCCGCCGCGCCGCCCGCCAGCGUGUCGGCGCGCGCGCUGCACGGCGGCAGCCUGCCCUCCGGCGUCGACACCUCGUUCAUGCUGGGCGAGGAGGCGGCGCGGGGCGGGUACCUGGCUACCGUGCGCUGCGUCAACCCGCCGCCGCUGGCCGAGCGCCGCGUGUCGGCCGGGGACGCCGGCGCGCCGCCCGCCGCCGACGACGCGCCCAGGAGGAGCAAGCCGUCGUUCCCGAUGACGUACACGGCGCGCGCGACGCUCGAGAUCGGCAGCGGCAGCGUGUGCUCGGGGCGCGCGGUCACCACCACCACCGCGUCCAACCAGGUGCGUACCCCCGCCCCGCGCCCCGCCCCGCGCCCCGCCCCGCCCGGCGAGCCCGGCCUGCCGCCGCUCUGGGUGAACAGCGUCAAUAGCUGGUACGAGGGCCUCGAUCGCUACUACGAUCGAAGUAUUGCGAUGAUGAGGAUGCUGAGUGAACGAGUCGUACCGCGACAUUCGAAUGUACGUUCCAAAAAUUAUUGUAUACAAGAAAAUAAGUCGUCGAGCCAAAUAUUAGAUACUUUGAGUAAAAAUGACGAUUCAUCUUACAAAUUUAAUGCAGUCACUGGAGCAAACGCUACCGUAGGCAAUCCGCCCUCUACUUUUUCUGACCAAAAAACUAGUGAUAAUUUUGGAAAUGUCAGUAAAAAAUGUCUUAAAAAUAUCGGUAAUACUGAUGAUAAUACUAACAUAUGUGAAAUAGAUGAAAGACCAGCUUCUCAGAAGAAUAUUAUAGAAAAUGAAACUAAUGUAAAUCGUAAUUAUUCUGAUAACCACAAGCAAUUGGAUUCUAUAACAGAAAUCGAAAUGAAAGAAAUAAUCUCAGCCCCAAACGUAGACGAUCAAAAAAUGUUCUCUGAAGUAGAACUCGUAGAUAUUCGGAAUAAUGAUAAUUCUGUCGAACCAUCUGAUUCUUUUUCUGAUUACGUCACUAGACAGCAGAAACUAAUAAAAAUUGUAGAGAUAAACAAGAUUAAUAUUAAUGCAAAUAAUAAUGUCCAUGUUAAAUGUGACGAUGCACCUUUUAAAGAAAAAGUUGAUACAAACUGUGGGACUGAAGAAAAUUUUGUACAAAAAAGUACGAAUGCAAAAGCUUCUAGCGAAUCUCUAAUAUGUCCCAAAGACGUAAUAGUAUCACAUGAAAUUGUAAGCGAUCGCACUACCACGGUCGAGCAGAGUCGUAUACCUGGCGUGGCAAAUAACGCUUUUAUACUCCUAACGCUCCCGACAAGCUUCGAUAUGACCGCUUUUAACGAUAACUUUAAAACCCUCGAAAUUACCGGAAUAGAAAAUAACACAAAUAACACUACUAACGACGCGGAUGAAAACGAGAGCAAUAAAGUGAGCAAAAGAAAACGGUCGAAAGAGAACAGAUCGAAAAGCGAAAAUUUAAAUCGGAACAUUCUCAAAAAACUCCUCUAUAGCGACACGGCCGAGGUGUCGGAACGCGUUAAGACGAAAUCGUCUCCUAGCGAGGACCGCGAGGUGGACGCGGCCAUCCCCUUCAGCUGCAUCUCCAGCCCCGAGGUGGUGGCGGGCUGCAGCACCACGGCCUCCGCGCCGCCGCCCGCGCCCGCCGCCGACCCCAAGCCCCGCAGCGUGGUGUCGAGCACCUUCAACGGGCUGCCGCUGUCGCGGCCCGGCUGCGGCGCCGCCGAGGAGUACAAGAAAUCUCUCGAUGAAAACGGCAACGCGGUUCAGGGAUUCGGUUCGCCCCUCUCGGGCUCCGGUCAACAGAAGAAGCCGAGGAGAAAAAAGUCGUCGAAGAACGAGACGGUGAUCAAGUCGCACCAGAUAGACGGCUACCAGGGGAACAAGGAUCUCAACGAGGUGCUGCGCUUCAUCGAGUCGAACGCGGAGGGCGCGCGCGCGCCGCACAAGCUGGGCCGCGUCAAGCACAGGGACGACGCCGACGACAAGGGCAAGAAGCGCUCCUCCGAGCGCCGCAAGGACCGGGACGGCAAGCCCGAGCGCGCCUCGUCGCUGGACGAGCGCGCGCGGCCGUCGCGCGCCGAGCGGGCCGCGCGCGCCGCGCCGCCGCCCGCGCCGCCCGAGCGCCGCUCGUGGGGCGACGGCGCGCCGCCCGCCGAGCCGCCCGAGCCCGAGCUGGCCGACUUCCAGACCGUCACCAAGCGCCGCAAGCCGCGCCGCCACGAGCGCGAGCCCGAGCCGCCGCGCCGCGCGCGCCCGCCCUCGCCCGCGCGCGCGCCGCCCUCCGCGCCGCCCUCCGACCGCAGCAACGACUCCAACGACGACAUGGACUCGGUCACGUCGCUGCCGGCCGCGCCGCCGCCGCCGCCGCCGCACGCGUCGUACGCGGACAUCGCGCGCACGCGCCACAACAUCCCCGACCUCAUCGAGUCGUGCAACUUCUACGCGGAGGGCGAGGCGGAGGCGGCGGCGCGGCCGGCGCCGCGCGCGCGCAAGGAGCGCGCCGAGCCCGCCGCCGCGCCCGCGCCCGACGUGGUGGGCGAGCGCCGGCCGGCCGUGGUGCUGCGGCCCGGCGCGCGCGCGCCCGAGCUGGACGGCGUGACGUUCGGCUUCGACGUCAACGAGCAGCUGCUGGGCGCGCGCGUGGACCUGCUGCGCGGCCCGCGCUGCGCGCCGCUGCGCUACGAGCCGCCCGCCGCGCCGCCCGACGCCGCGCAGCUGCUGCGCGUCGUGGCCUACGUGGCGGCCGCGUGGGACGACGUGGUGCGCUGCGGCGGCGGCGCCGUGCGCUACUUCAGCGAGUAG